UACUACAAAUAAAACGAACUGUGACGAUGGUUGCAUUAGUAUAGUUCGAUCACUGACUAGUGUGCUAUCCUCCGCACGACAUGGCCGUCUUCAUGAUAAACAUCUGUAAAUUUAAUGGCUGCGGUAUCACAUUUCCAAGAUUAGCUGAUUUAAUUGAACACAUCGAAGACGUGCAUAUAGAUUAUGAUCCCGCAGUAGUUGAACAAAAAGAAGCUUCUCAGCCAGCAUGUAUUCCUUUAAGUUAUGUGUUAAGAUUUUUCACGGAAGCAUCGAGGCGGGAAUUUCAAAGCUUGCCACCCGCCGCCGAUGUCCGGCGCAGGUUACUGUCUGCGCCAAAGACUCCUUCAGUUCGCAGCAGCACACCUACAGGCAGUGAAGUCGACGAUGACGAGCUCAUGAGCCCAUCUGAAGACAGCAAUGAUUCGUGGACGACUGUCGAGGAGUACAGCUCCGAGUAUAUCCUGCGAUAUGGAGUCAAGAUGAACAGUAGCGCGGCUAGUGGCGUGCUGGGUCCGGCGGCGCAGGAGAAGCCUUUCGCGUGCCCCGUGCCCGGCUGCAAGAAGCGAUACAAAAAUGUCAACGGCAUCAAAUAUCACUCUAAGAACGGACAUAAGAAGGAUGGCAAGGUAAAAAAGGCUUACAAGUGCCAAUGCGGCAAAAGUUACAAAACGGCUCAAGGUCUUAAAACUCAUACGAUAACGCAGCAUAUUGCAACGAGCCAAGCGUCGACUUCCUCCACGCCCCCCACUCCGCCCACUCCCCCGACACCCCCUGUCCCCGAUACGGGACGUCUCAAUGCCACAAAAAUGCCAGGACUGGUAGUAACAGCUUCCCCGGCACAUAGCCGUUCUCUAAACAUCAUAGACGGCAUAGACGCUAACAAACUUGUUCGUAUAUACGACAGUAUUAAAACAAAAGAUCUGCCUUCCUUCACCAUACCUAAACAUAACCUGACCAACAUCAAUCUGAUCACCAGCCAGGGUCAAGGCAUCCGCCAUUCCGUGCUGCUCGCACCGACUGCUACUCUUGUAGAUAAAUCGAAGUAUGAUCGAUCUCCCAAAGUAACAGUCAACGCCCAACCGACAGCUGCCCUUGCAACCACUUACGAUGUCUAAAUGAAUAUAUGCUUUUAAAAAGCAAAUAUUUAACGAAUUUAAAAGUCAUUAACGCUAAGUCUAGUUCGAACGCAGUUCCUAUUAAGAAAAAUAAAAAAAAAAUCAUUUUUUAGCAGAUUGUUUAAGUUAUACAUUCUUUGAGAAAAAAAGCUAAGAAUCGUCAUCUGUCAUGAUUUGACAGCUUGAAUGUCAGUUUGACGGACGAAAUGUUAUGCACAAAUUGUAUUUAUUUUCUUCACU